ACGGAUUCACCAAUUUCCCGCUUGUCUCGGUGCAAAUUGUUCAUGUAAAUGCAGCCUGCGUUUCUGGAACGCAGCCCUGACCCUCCAGUCCCCGCCCCUCUGCCCCAGUCUCAGUCAGCCUAUUCGAGCGGAUCAAUGAGAGCUCAUAUUUGAACUGCUGCACACAGUCACAAAGCUACUGUCGAAGAUAGAGUGGAAAAUACAGCAGAGGAGUAUGGGUUGUCACAACAGCAAAAUUUGUGGCCAGGUCCCCCGAAAAAAGAAAAAAAAUAAAGCACAAGAAGGUGAGAAGCAUAUAAAGGACAUCAAACUUCAAGAUGCAAGUGGUAUAAACUCUUCUGAGGAGCAACGCUUUGGUUUGGAGAAUCAGUUGGAGACUUACGAGUGGCAGCUAAAGAUACUAAAUGCAGUUUUGACAGCUUCAGGAGACCAGGAGAGAGAGCAGCUCCUCAAGGACCAUCCUGGAGACAUCUGCACUUUAGUCCACAGCAUUACAGAGAAGGUAAAGACUGAGAUAACCACAGAUCUAAAUGAUCUCCAUGAAAAACAGAUGAGGAGCACCUUAGAACGACAUCAGAGCGCAACAGAAGAGCUACAGCGAUUACACAAUGAAGAGAAGAACGUUUUAAAUGAGUCUCAUGCAGCAGCUGAGAACGCUUUGAAGGAUCAGAUUGAAGGGCUGACGUCAGAGCUGAAGCUGUUCAACGAGCUAAAGCGCAGAGCGGAGGAGUCCACGCUCAAGAGAGACCUUCAGAGAAAUAUUGAGACUCAUGGCAGCCCUGGUGAAUUCUGGGAGCAGGAGCAGGAGAGCCUGUUAUUUGUCAUUGAAAUGAAGCAUGAGCGUUUACAGGACCAGGGGAGCAAGCUGCUGCAGAUGGAAACACUGGUGGAGAAGAAUCUGUCAUUAGAGGAUCAGCUCCUGCAUGCUCUCCAGCAGAGUGAGGACUACAGGGUCCGGAUAGACAACUACCAGAGCCUCAUACAACAACUGUCCAAGGAGCAGAAUGAGCUGCAGGAGGCGCUAGAGAAACAGUCUCUUCAGAACCAGAAGCUUAGUCAGGAGAAGGAAGAGCUGCUCUUUAAACUCAUACACCGCAGAGACUCGUGCUCCUCCUUCCACCUUCCUUCAGUCAUACCCACAGAGGUGCUGCCCAGCUGACUGCAACAUUAACCCUCGUCAGUGUAUCCUCAUCCUGCCUGGCCUCGGUGCCUUAGCAGCGUUUUUCUUUUUUUUCUUUUUUUUUUAAAUGCCAGUUUAUUAUGGAGUGCUGUGAACAUGCAGUGCUGACAUGGACUUACUCACUGCAUUGAUCAUUUUAACUGGCAAAACAAAUGUUUUUGUACAUUUUUACAUUUCUUUUGAUCAGGAUUUUUUUUGGUUGCAUUUAUUAUUUAAAAUGGCUGCAUUAGUUAUUCAAGUUUAAAGUCUGUUAUUGUACACAGUCAGUGUAGUAGUUUUUGCCAAUUUUUUCAUAUCAUUUUUAUUAUUAUUUGUAUUUCUUUUCAGGAAACGGUAGUCAAGCAGGUAUUGUUAGCAAAAAAACUGUAAUUUUCUUGCCUUAAGACCUUAUUAGAGCCAAAGCACUUGUACAUGUAGCAUGAAUAUUCGGGAUUUUUUCAGAUGCACUUGCACUUUUAUAUCAGUGUUUUUAUUCAUUAGAGAGAUAAUAAUGGGCUUUUGGUGUUUACCCAUAUGCUUUUUCCUAUAUUUUGCACAUCUUGCCACAGUAUUUCUGUUUUAAAUCCUUCUGCUUUUCAGUAGUAGGUAAAGUACUGGUGUCGUAUUGGAUAAAAUCCAGUCGUUUUAGCUCAGGCAAACAAUGUUGGCCAGUACACAUGUAUUUCAAGAAGAUAAUAGCCGUUUUCUGUUCUGUUACUUUGGCAGACCCAACUUUUAAAAUCUGAAACAUUCUGAACUCUGAGCUUCUUGAAAUUAUUUCAUUUCUUAUUUUUCAUUUUACACUACGUCUGAUGGCCUUCAAGUUGCAGUGAUUUGAUUUGCCAUUUUAAAAGCAUAAGUGGUAAAAAGAUUGACUUUUGUGCCCAUUUUUUUUUUUUUUUUUUUGUGAAUUAUUCUGAAUGUUCUGUCAUACAGUAUAUAUAUGUUUACUUCCAAAUUAGUGCCUUUGGUGUAAGAUGUUUCCUGGAAAAAUCAAGCAAUAAAAGCUGCAUCAGAGGUA